UCGUUGCUGUAUUACGGGUUGCCUAUGCAGUGCUCUAACUUUCGCGCAUUGAAUGAAUAGGUUAUAUUUACAUUAGAGGUAGAGUGUAGAACAUGUUCUGUUGAAGUUUAUUUAUUUAUUAGAAUUUCCACAGUGAUCUUGGUCGUGCGAGAUUACAUUUGUUUCAAUGAUGGGAUCCGACCAUACACACAGGCGAUGGAGCAAUUUGCGAAAAGUAUUAGAAAGAUCCGGUCCUUUUUGUAGGCCGGAUUUUGAGCCGUCGUCGGAGACCUUGCAAUUUUUAUUAGAAAAUUGCAAGAUCUUGGUUAUCGGUGCUGGCGGUUUAGGAUGCGAAUUGCUAAAAGAUUUAGCCUUGAUGGGGUUCAGACACAUUCACAUAAUCGAUAUGGACACGAUUGAAUUGUCUAACUUGAACCGACAGUUUCUGUUUCGUCACAAAGAUAUUGGCUUGUCGAAAGCGGAAGUAGCCGCACGAUUUGUGAACGCUCGAAUUCCGGGCAGCAAUGUUGUACCACACUGUUGCAAAAUACAGGACAAAGACGAGGAGUUUUACAGACAAUUCCAUAUAAUAGUUUGCGGCUUAGAUUCGAUUGUUGCGAGGAGAUGGAUCAAUGGUAUGCUACUCUCCCUUUUGAUCUAUGAAAAUGGAGAGUUAGAUAAGUCUAGUAUCAUACCAAUGAUCGAUGGUGGCACAGAGGGUUUUAAAGGAAAUGUGAGGGUGAUUUUGCCUGGACUAACUGCUUGCGUCGAAUGCACUUUAGAUCUAUAUCCCCCUCAGGUCACGUAUCCAUUAUGUACAAUAGCAAAUACUCCACGUUUACCAGAACAUUGUAUAGAGUAUGUAAAAGUAGUUCAGUGGCCAAAGGAAAAUCCAUUUAAUUGUCCAAUAGACGGCGAUGAUCCUCAGCAUAUUAACUGGAUCUAUGAAAAGUCUAUUGAGAGAGCAACGCAAUUCGGUAUACAGGGUUUAACGUACAGACUGGUUCAGGGUGUAGUUAAAAAUAUUAUACCUGCUGUAGCAUCAACAAAUGCUGUAAUUGCUGCAACUUGUGCUACAGAAGCAUUCAAGCUUGCUAGUAGUUGCAGUGCCUCGUUGAAUAAUUACAUGGUGCUGAACGAUUUAGAUGGAAUAUAUACAUACACUUACGAGGCAGAGAAAAAAAAAGAUUGCGUAGCAUGUAGCCAGAUUCCAAAAGAAAUCGAGAUUCCUAAUUCUAAAUUCAAACUAAGUGACCUGAUAGAGCUUCUUUGCGAAAGACCCGACUUGCAAAUGAAAAAUCCGGGUCUUACUGCCAACAUUGAUGGUAAAAAUAAAACUUUGUAUAUGCAAACUGUUCCAAGCAUCGAAGAGAAAACACGUGAAAACUUAAUGAAAACAUUAGUCGAUCUUGGAUUGAAAAACGGUAAUGAGAUCAAUGUUGCCGAUAUCACCACCCCUAAUGCAGUUGUGUUAAAAUUAAAAUUUGUAUAGUCUAAGAUAUAGAUAUCUUAAGCUCUAAUCAUAAAACUUCUUCAUUUGGUUCACGAUUUUAUGGCUACAAUCGUCAUCGUGUAUUUACAGUAUUUAUAUCAACCUUUAAUCGGUUUUAGAAAUGUUAGGAAGACAAAAAUUUUAUCGGCAAAAUCAGAACAUCUUCGAUGUAGUAUCGUUUUCAACGAAUCUAUAAAAUAAGUAUCACACGGUAACAUCAUUUUAAUAUUAGUUCACUCUAAAUUUCAGUAAUAAAUUGGUAUUGCUAUGUUCUCUUGUAGUAGCACUAAUUUUCUUUGCCUAUCCUUAGAUGUAACAGAAGCGAAUAUUAAAACUAUGUUAAUUUAUACGACACAGCUGUUACAUUAACAAUAAAGACACGACUGCGAAUACGUUUCUA